AUGAACAGUUGCUAUGGGAACGAGGCUAACACUACAUUGCGGUUACUCGGGUUGCUGCCAAUGAGCGGUCAAGGAUGGGUCGGGGGUGGGGCGGUGCUUCUUCCGGUCAAGAUGGCGCUCCGUGACAUCAACAAUGAUCCUCGGAUCUUACCCGGAUACAAUCUAACGUACACUUACAUAGACUCGAUGUGCAGCGAGGGUGUAUCCGUGUAUCGGAUGUUGCGGGAGCUUCAAGCGGGUCUGCCAUAUCAUAUGGUGCUCGGAGAUGGCUGCUCAACGUGCUCCGCGGCCACCGCACAAGUUUCAUAUCUCUGGAACCUUACUCAGUUAUCAUACGGCUCCUCCUCGCCCAUCCUAUCGGACCGGAAACGGUUCCCCAAGUUCUUUCGGAUAGCGACCCCGGACCAGAUGGUGAACGAGGCGAGGAUCCAACUGAUGCGGGAAUUUAAUUGGAAGAAGGUCGCCACAAUCCAUCAAGCGCUUGAGUUCUUCUCCGUGGUCACGGACGACUUCUUUCAUAGAGCUUCGGACCUGAAUGCCACCAUAAUUACCCAAGAGAUUUUUGUGCACGAUCCCAAGUCUAGGGUCGAGAACCUGAAGAAACGUGAUGCCAGGAUUAUCAUGACAGCGAUGUAUGAGGACAGAGCGAGAGCAGUGCUGUGUGCCGCAUACAAGGUAGGUUUGUACGGCGCCAAGAUCGUGUGGGUGUUUGCGGGCUGGUUCUCCAGUAGUUUCUGGCUGGUGAAACAGAAUGACAUUGACUGUACUCCGGAGCAAAUGGCCUUAGUUGCAGACGGUGCCUUCUUAACUUCAGCCGUUAAUUAUAACCCCAGAGAAGAGAGGGGUAUUCACGAAAUGACCGUUUCAGAAUUCUUGGACCGCUACUACAACGACCCAGGCUAUAAUACAGACCUUGAUAUGUACAAAAGUGUUGUCGGCCAGUCGUACGACCACAUCUGGAUUGCCGCCUUAUCACUCAACUGCACCGAGACUGAAUUAACGCGUAGAGGUAAUAGAGCAAUGUUGAGCAGGACAAGAAGGACACGACAUAAUUAG